CCUUCCUUAGGUGGAAAAGAGAUCCUAUACUCGCUGCAGCAAUCAUUGGGUUCUGGAAGGGUAUUGGUAGCAUUAUUCCCUACUUUAUACAUGCUCAGAAUUAUAUACUGGGGAGGCCAAUAAUUAUUACCAAGUCAUUGAUAUUUGCUUCAGUUGUAAUGUCUCUACAUGGUAUUGCCAUCGCAACAUUCAAGGACAUACCAGAUGUCGAUGGAGAUAAAGAAAGUGGCAUUGUCACCUCUAGCACCAAACUUGGCAAAGAAAGAGCAUUCUCCCUUGGUGUUAACAUCCUUCUGAUUGCUUAUGGUCUUGGAAUGAUAAUGGGGGUUUCGUCUUCAUCUUUACUGUUCAAACUUAUCACAAUACUGGGUCAUUCUACCAUCGCUGCUGUUCUUUUGCUUCAUUCUAGGACUGUUGAUCUUACAAAUAAAUUAUCUGCACAAUCAUUUUACAUGUUCAUAUGGAAGUUAGUUUAUGCUGAGUACCUCCUCCUUCCAUUUGUACGGUGAGAAGAAUAUCUAGUGAUGGCACAAGAUAAAGGGGUUGGAUGUGUAUGUCCUAAAGUCCUUAUAUUACUCCUUAUGUCAUUUGUAUGCUGAGAAGAAUAACUAAUAAGACUUUUAAUUGCUAAUGUAUGCUGGAGUUUAUUAUAAAUCCAUGCAUACUAGCAUAUGUAUAACAUUUACUUAAGCAUUUGUGCAUCUAAAGGUUUUUUAUAUCUUCUUUUUAGGUAAGAAGUCCCCUCCAUCAAAUGCAAGAACCUUUACAAAA